UACGUGACAAUCGGUGCAUAAAAAUUAUAAUCUAUCAAUGGAUCCAAAGUGCAUUGACGAGCAAAAUCAACACGAGACUCCACUAAACACAUUUACUGAUAAAGACAUACGAAACAUCGAAGAUAGCGGCAAAGUCACACCGGCCCGUUUUCAUGUUCAAGCUGAAAGGGAAGAAGAUGAAACUGAACAACAAGAAAUUGAAGUGAUUUUCAAUAAUAAUAAAGAUUUUCACACAAUCGAGAUUGUCGGGGAUCCCGAUUCAGUGAAAGUAUUAGAUUUCAAACUUCUGCGCUCCGUGUCUCCCAAGGAUUUCCAAUGUAAUUCGCCAUUCUCGAGUCCGGAGAGGCAUCGCUCUGGCUUUUCAAGCCCCGAGAGGCACUGGUUUCCUCGAUCAAGUUCGGAAGGCUAUCGUUCUGCUUUUUCAAGCGCUGAAGAUUAUAGCUCCAGUUCCGCAAGCUCAAGUCCCCAAAGGCACCGCUCUGAACUAUUAAAUCUUCAAAAUUUCUGCAACAUAAAUAAUCCUACAUGGUUGUACUAAACCAAUGUAAUCGU